AUGUCUUGUGGUGAUGUCAAUAGAAAAGUAAACACGUCUUGUGGUGAUGUCAAUAGAAAAGUAAACACGUAUGGUGGUGAUGUCAACAGGAAAGUGAACACGUCUGGUGGUGAUGUCAAUAGAAAAGUAAACACGUCUGGUGGGGAUGUCAACAGGAAAGUGAACACGUCUUGUACUGAUGUCAACAGGAAAGUGAACACGUCUGGUGGUGAUGUCAAUAGAAAAGUAAACACGUCUGGUGGUGAUGUCAACAGGAAAGUGAACACGUCUGGUGGUGAUGUCAAUAGAAAAGUAAACACGUCUUGUGGUGAUGUCAACAGGAAAGUGAACACGUCUUGUGGUGAUGUCAACAGGAAAGUGAACACGUCUGGUGGGGAUGUCAACAGGAAAGUGAACACGUCUGGUGGUGAUGUCAACAGGAAAGUGAACACGUCUGGUGGUGAUGUCAACAGGAAAGUAAACACGUCUUGUGGGGAUGUCAAUAGAAAAGUGAACACGUCUGGUGGUGAUGUCAACAGGAAAGUAAACACGUCUUGUGGUGAUGUCAACAGGAAAGUGAACACGUCUGGUGGUGAUGUCAACAGGAAAGUAAACACGUCUUGUGGUGAUGUCAACAGGAAAGUGAACACGUCUUGUUGUGAUGUCAACAGGAAAGUGAACACGUCUGGUGGUGAUGUCAACAGGAAAGUGAACACGUUUGGUGGUGAUGUCAAUAGAAAAGUAAACAUGUCUUGUGGUGAUGUCAACAGGAAAGUGAACACGUCUUGUGGUGAUGUCAACAGGAAAGUGAACGCGUAUGGUGGUGAUGUCAACAGGAAAGUAAACACGUCUGGUGGUGAUGUCAACAGGAAAGUGAACACGUCUAGUGGUGAUGUCAACAGGAAAGUAAACACGUCUGGUGGUGAUGUCAACAGAAAGAAAGUGAACACGUCUGGUGGUGAUGUCAACAGGAAAGUAAACACGUCUUGUGGGGAUGUCAACAGGAAAGUUAACACGUCUGGUGGUGAUGUCAACAGGAAAGUGAACACGUCUUGUGGUGAUGUCAGCAUGAAAGUGGAUAUGUCAUUUGUUGGCACCAGAUCUGCUGAUACCAGCCCUACUCUUCACAAGUGUCCAAACAACAACUCUAGCCAUAGACCCGUCACUGGUCUGACUGUCAGUAGCCGCAGCAGAGCCCUGCCCUUACAAACCGUUAGAUUGCACACGGCGCCUAGAUCCACUACGCCAGCCGAACAGCAGACAGCGUUAGCCCCAGCCACACCUGAUUCAUCAGUGCAGCACCGAACAACAAGCUAA